AACUCACCACGAAAAUCCAUUUCGGCCUCUAGUGUUGUUUCGGGAAAUUGUAAAACUAUGAAUCCAACUUCGACCAAAAGUUGUGAAAGUUUGUAUUCGAAUAGCUCCAAGGGAUCCGCCAGUAAUAUAUAUCGACGAAAAUUGCCCACAACAAUGGAUGGCAAAAAUGGCUGCAUGCGCCAACCGGCCUUGAUACCAGCAACAAAUGAAGUUCGUCAGCGUGUCUUAUCGGCUCGUAGGCUAAGAAUAAAAACUUAUCAAAAUCAAUUGGCAAAUGCCCAACAAACUAUUGCGGAAUUGGCCCAUGAAAAUCGUAUACUGCGCACCUUGCAUAAACGCCAAGAUUCCGCUUUAUCCAAAUAUGAAUCUACAAAUGCUGAACUUCCCCAAUUGCUGCAUUCACAUGCCGAGGAAUUGCGAAUGUGGCAAACCAAAUAUCGUAAUCUCCAGACAAUCAAUAAGGAUUUGGAACAGCGUCUAAAACAAAAGGAAGCGAUUAUAUUGUCACUUAGUGAUCAGAACAAAUAUUUUGUACAAUUAAAUAAGGAUAAAAACCUCGAAGAUCGUCAAAAAUUGACCGAAAAACUGCAAUCGCUGGAAACACGCUUACAAGAGAAGGAUAACGAUCUGAAGAUGAUGGCUCGUAAAAUGCAAUUGGAAGCCAAACAGGCUAAACAACAAUUACUGGCCGAACAACGCAAAACCAAAGAAGUUUUAAUGAAAUUGGAAAAGGCUCGGCUUGAAUUAUCGGGAUUUCGAAAAUUGGAGGAAUUACAGCUCCAGGACAAAUUUAACAUGAACAUGCCCAGACGACAUAAAACCAACAACAACAACACCCAUGACGAGCUCAAAGAUGACAAAGAUUUGGAAAAGUUUUUACAGCAUGCCACAGAUCAUGAAAACCUUGAUGAUUUUGAAGGUUCCAAUAGUCAACGAUCUCAGCGAUCAACACAAAGUCAUCUAACUGUAACACACCGAUCCAAUUGCACAGUCAAGAAGAUGACACUGAACGGCAAUUCCAGUCCGAAAGAAAAUAAACCAAAUUCUGGUGGGAAAACGAUUGCCAUAUUGCGACGCAUUGAUCAGGGUGAUGGUGAUGCUGGUAAAGCUGAAAUUUCGGAAAAUACACCUAAUCAUUUAAUGGAGUCAAAGAAAAGUGAAACAUUUUCCACGGAUUAUGAAGAUGAUUAUGAACAGGAAGAAGAGGAGGAGGAUGACGAAGAAGAUACCGAGGAACAGAAUUCAUCCAAUGAAGAACAUUCAAAUGGCUCAAAUCGUAAUGGCUCCAAUGAAAUGGGAAAUUUUAUAGAUAAUAUUGAUAAAAAUUUGGAAAAAGAUUUAUACGAAGAUAAUGGCGACUAUUUUAAGGAACAACAGAAAGUUGAGCUUCCAAAUACGGGCAAGAAAAUUCGCAUGAAAGAAGAAAUUUCCAGCAUACGUAAACAAAUAUCCGAUGAUUAUAAAGAACGUGAAGCUUUUCUCGAUACAUUUUGUCGACAAGCAACCAGCGGAGCCUUAAAAGAUGAUACACCUAAGAAAAGAAAUAGCAUUGCUGUGGAACAUAAUGUCAUUGGAAAUCGCAAACAUAAACUAUUGGCCGCUCUAAAAGCCAUUGAAGAUAACAAGAGUCAGGAUUAAAUUACAAAGGCUUUGUUUCUUUCUUUAUUU